GUUUAAGUUUUUUUUUUACCCAUUUUGUUGCAAAGAUAUUUUGAAAUUUUUCAAUUAUAAAUUUACACACAAUAUUGAAAACAAGAAUAAAUCGAAUAAAAGUUUAACUAGCCAUGCCCCGUGGUAAACGGCGUUCUAUGGAAAUGGGACCUGAGGAUGAUAGACAUUCUUCUUCAAAACGUCAAAGAAAUAAUUAUUCCAGUUCCCGCAGAUACAAUAAAACUGAAGAAACAUUUAGUACCAAAAAAUGUAUCGCAUGGUUUAAGGAAUAUACAUCCGCAGAUGAACCUGAUACAUUAGGUCCUGAAGGAAUGGAAAGAUUUUGCGAAGAUAUUGGUGUAGAACCAGAAAAUGUUGUAAUGUUAGUUUUAGCUCAUAAAAUGGGAGCGCGACAAAUGGGUUUUUUUAGUCAAUAUGAAUGGUUGAAAGGUCUUACUGAUAUACAAUGUGAUUCUGCAGUGAAAGUGCAAUCAAAGUUAGAUUUUUUGAAAACUUCUUUAAAUGAUCCAAAUACUUUUAAAAGUAUAUACAGAUAUGCAUAUGAUUUUGCAAGAGAUAAAGAUCAGCGCAGCAUGGAUAUAGAAACAGCGAAACAAAUGUUACAAUUAUUAUUAGGAAAAAACUGGGCAUUAUUUCCACAUUUCGCACAAUUUUUGGAGCAGUCAAAGUACAAAGUUAUUAAUAAAGACCAGUGGUGUAAUAUACUCGAAUUUUCAAGAACUAUUAACCAUGAUUUAUCUAAUUAUGAUAUAGACGGUGCUUGGCCGGUUAUGCUAGAUGAAUUUGUAGAAUGGUUACGACAAAAAAGAGAUCUCUCUGAAAGCUGAAAUAUUAUCAGAUUAAUAUAAAUUGUGCUAAGCCAAAAGCGAGAGAAAAACAGUAAACAAAAAAAAAUAAAAUAAAAUAAAAAGCAGACGAAUUCAAGAGAAAAUUUGGAAACGAAGAAACAAAACACAUUAAAAUUAAAUAAUAAAAAUUAAAAUACCAGCUUUUUAUAGUAAUAAGGUUC